AUGAGCCCGGGGCGGUGACAGGUGGAAUGGUGAGGAGUCACCCAAGCUGCACAGCCCUUUAAGUACGGUAGAACUCGGGCUUCCUGCCUCCCAAGAUUGUUAAAAAUGAGUCUGCGGAAGCAAACCCCUAGUGACUUCUUGAAGCAGAUCAUCGGGCGGCCCGUUGUGGUGAAAUUAAAUUCUGGCGUGGAUUACCGAGGGGUCCUGGCCUGCCUGGAUGGCUACAUGAAUAUAGCAUUGGAACAGACGGAAGAGUAUGUAAAUGGACAGCUGAAGAAUAAGUAUGGGGAUGCGUUCAUCCGAGGAAACAAUGUGCUGUACAUAAGUACACAGAAGAGAAGGAUGUGAAGACACCAGCAAGCAGUUCUUCUCAGAGUUGGAUAUAUUUUAUUAUGAAGUGCUUUUUGGUUCUCUCAUGAUUUCAGUUGACUUAUUUCUGUAGUGGUUGGUGGGGUUUUGUUUUUUUUUUUAAUUGAUAAUGGAAUAUGAUAGAGGAGUUACAUACAAUACAGAUUGAAUCUUAAACUUUUCA